AUGUACUUGGUUGAGAGUAAGAGUGGAGCGAUAGGAUGCAUGGUGGUUGCGCUGGUGUUUCUGGGCACAUGGCCGGCGCUUCUGGCGCAGUUGGAGCGGCGCGGCCGCCUUCCCCAGCACACUUAUCUCGAUUAUUCCUUCACUAAUUUCUUGACCGCUGUCGUUAUUGCUUUCACACUUGGUCAGAUUGGCCAUGCCAGCCCUAACACGCCUAAUUUCUUCACUCAACUUUCUCAGGAGAACUGGGGGUGUGUAUUGAUGGCAAUGGCGGGAGGAGUAUUCCUUGGGCUAGGCAACUUGGCGACGCAGUAUGCUUGGCCCUUUGUAGGACUAUCAGUCACUGAGGUCAUCACAUCAAGCUUAGCAGUUGUCUUAGGCACAAGCAUGAACUAUUUUCUGGAUGAUAAGAUGAAUAGAGCAGAAAUACUUUUUCCUGGAGUAGGAUGUUUCCUAAUUGCAGUGUGCUUGGGAUCAGCCGUCCAUUCCUCCAAUGAUGCUGACAAUGCAGCAAAACUCCAACAACUAUCAGAUAAGCACACGGACGGUGCACGCAGGGAAGUUGUGGUAGAUGCCCCAGAUACACAUCAGGACAAAGAUAGAUUAAAAGACAUGGAACAUGGAAGUAGCGAAGAGGGUAAAGCAGCAACCGGAUCAGCACAACAUUUGAUCGAGCUAGAGCACAACAGAGCGAUUAAGGUAUUCGGAAAGAGCAUCUGGAUAGGGUUGAGCAUAACAUUCUUUGCCGGUGCAUGCUAUGCUCUCUUCUCUCCGGCAUUCAACUUGGCCACAAACGAUCAGUGGCACGUGAUGAGAGGGGGUGUGCCGCAUCUAGUAGUCUACACCGCCUUCUUCUACUUCUCACUCUCAUUCUUCGUCGUUGUAUCAGUCAUAAAUAUCAUCCUUCUCUACCGUCCUAUACUAAAAUUGCCAAGAUCAUCCAUAGCGUCAUACCUCAAAGAUGGGGAUGGAAGAGGCCUCGCAUUUUUGGCCGGUCUGCUCUGUGGGUUAGGCAACGGCCUGCAGUUUGUGGGAGGCCAAGCUGCUGGAUAUGCUGCGGCAGAUUGCGUUCAGGCUCUUCCACUUGUGAGUACAUUUUGGGGCGUAGUAUUGUUCGGAGAAUAUUGGAGAUCAUCGCCUCGGACUUAUGCUUUGCUAGUGAGCAUGUUGCUUAUGUUCAUUGUGGCUGUAACGGUUCUUAUUGCAUCUUCAGGGCAUCGAAGGACGUCCUAUAGCCAUUGAGACAAUGGGUAAUAGUAGCAAUUUUAGAUAACAAAAUAUAUUUUAUAUCAAUUAUCAUAAAAUAAUAUACUUUCUGAUCAUUUUGUACUUUUUGAAAUGAAAAAAUAAAGAUGGACCGACAAUUGAGAGUGACACUUGCUUUAAAAAAAUGUGAAAUUCAUG